AUGUGGAGGAUUCCGUUAAAUCUGUUAAAACGGGGGAUUAAGCCAGCGACUUGCGCUAAGCCGAGCUUUAGGCUGAUUCCACCGCCCGGUUUGAUGGGCCCACCGUCUUAUUGCAGCUCCUCCGUUAACAGAGGCGCCGGCAAUUGCGAAAGUAAUAAUGGGAACGGAAAUGGGAAUGAGAUGACUUAUGCGGAGGCGAAGAGGCUGAUGAGGCUGGUGAACGUGGAGGCUUUGAAGGAGAAACUGGGUGUGGAGGAGAAGGAGGUGAUUGGGUAUUCUGAGCUUUUACAGGCCUGUAAGAGUAUAGGCGUCGCCAAGUCCGCCGUGGAAGCCGCCGCCUUUGCUCGAGUUCUUGAUGAGGCCGGCGUCGUUUUUCUCUUCCGGGACAAAGUGUAUCUACACCCUGAUAAGGUGGUUGAUCUUGUUAGAGGGGCAGUUCCCCUUGUCCUUUUACCGGAAGAUGAUCCAAGCAAGGACGAGCAGUUCUAA